ACUCCACCCCUUCUCCUUCCCUGCUACCGCUCUGGGUGGCUUGCCUCCGAACCGAGUGGAGCCAUGCUGGGCAAGGACUACAUGCUGGCCAUCAUCCUGGUCAACUGCGAUGAUAAUCUAUGGAAUGACCAGAAUCUGGAAGCAGAUCUUGACCUUCCUCCGGGAUGGAGGAAAAUCCAUGACUCCUCAGGGACCUACUACUGGCACGUGCCCACAGGCACCACCCAGUGGCAACACCCAUCCCGCACCUCUGACCAGGGACACAGUGUGGAGGCUGCCUCACCAGAAAUGGACCCUCAGACUGCGACAGUGAGACGUAUGCCCAGGGAAAGACCCAUCCCAAGUCCCAUGGCAUCGCUACCCAGAAGGAGGACAUCAUUGGUUUGGCAUGGGGAAGACCACCAUCAAGUCAGCAGAGAUCCUGGUUCUAAGUGCUUUGUUGUGCGUUCAUUAGGCUGGGUGGAGAUCCCUGAGGAAGACUUGGCUCCUGGCAAAAGUAGCAUUGCAGUGAAUAACUGCAUCCAGCAACUCUCUCAAACCAAAUGUGACAAUUGGGAUCCUGCUGAUCGAUGGGGUGAGGGCCAAAACAUGGUCAUGAUCCUGAAGAAAGACACCAUGAGCCUGGUGGACCCUUUAGACCACAGCCUCAUCCACUGCCAGCCCAUCAUCAACAUCCGUGUCUGGGGUGUGGGCUGCAACAAUGGCAGGGACAGGGAUUUUGCUUUCGUUGCCAGUGACAAGGACACGUGUGUGCUGAAGUGCCAUGUCUUCCACUGCAAUGUGCCUGCCAAGGCCAUUGCCAAAGCCCUGCAUGAAAUGUGCUCCAAGAUCAUGGCUGAGCGAGCAGUAGCAAGUAACAACCUCAGUAGAUCUGUUACCCUUGAACCUCUCACUCCAGAUGCCUUAUCUCCGCAAGUUGACAUUCUGGAUGCCGCGAGAGAGUCUGUCCAGAAAUAUGAAGCUUUGUAUAUUGGCAGCUUACCAGUGACCAAACCCAUGGGGAUGGAUGUACUAAACAAUGCGAUUGAAGACCUAAUAAGCAGCCAUGAACGUGAGCAGUGGACUCCAUCAGUCAUCAGCAUUUCAGACUCAGUGAUGCAAGCAGACCAAGCUGAGGAGUCGGCAAAGGAGAAGGAGGGAGAGGAGGAGGAGGAGGAAGAAGAGGAUACUUGCAUUUGGCAAUGCCAAGUCCGCUAUGUUACUUUUAUUGGAAUUGGGAAAGAUGCCCACACAUUUGCCCUCAUCACUGAUAUGGGGCAGCAGUGUUUCCAGUGCACAGCAUUUUGGUGUGAGCCAGACGCUGGCAUAAUAUCAGAAGCAGUUCAAGCUGCAUGCAUGGUUCAGUAUCAGAGGUGCUUAGUGGCUUCAACAUCACGGAUCAAACCAAAAAUUGGCUCACGCUCCAUCCUGAAAAUGAAACGGACAGUGUCAGUAGACUCCACCAUGUGCCCAUUUCCUGUCUCAGGGCACUCCCUGCAGAAGAAUGGCAGUGGGGGCCCCGCGCGCAAGAGGGGGGUGCUCUCUUUCUUCGAAGCAUUCCGCCAAAAACAUUCCAUGCUGCAGACACCUUAGGACAACCGAGGCUGCAUGGAGGAGAUGGUGGGCCCUGUGUGAGACUUAACAGCAGCCUUCUUCUGAUGUCCAGCCUCAGAAUGUAAAUAGUGCAAUUUUGUCUGUUGCUUCUUUCACAGAAGUGAAAAGAGCCAACAUAUACAACCAAGACAAGCCCUUGGGGGAGGGGGUCCGGGCUGCUCCUGGACAUGCUAUGCAUAUUCCUUCUAGUCCUUUGCUACAUAGUUGUUAUGAAGAAAAAAUGUUAUGGGGGAGACAAAUGCCGCACGUGAAUGUUUGAGAAUGUUCCUUGGCAUGUGCAGCAGACAGCAUCAAAAGCACCACACAGGCUUAAAAACCUUACUCCUCAGCCCCUUGAGGUUUGUGGAACAGGGCAGAGCAGGCAUGACAGCUUCCCGAAGCAGUAGCUGCACUUGAUUUUACAUAGUUAAAGCUGUGGACACCUCCAGUCUUCUGUCCCCAGUUGUAGCAUGAAUGCUUGGCAUACUGCAAAGCCAAUGGAAAGAAACCAUCUUUGCACCUCUAAGCAGGCACGUUUCUUGGUUUGAGGCAGCAAAUAUAUGCUUGUGGGCCUCUGGGGAUGUCAGUAAUAACAAUAAGAGAAGCAUUUCCCCUAAGAAAGAGCCAAUAUACUCUCAAUCCCUGCACUGAGGCAUAGAACAGUCCCUCAUUUUCAUGAGGGACUACACUUCCCCUUCUCAACAUGGCCAAAACUGGUAGAGCCCUACCAAUCUCACAGCACUUGGUUCAUUGGCAAAGAAUGUGCCAAUCAUCUAGCUUCUGAAUAUGUUUGAGUAACAUGUGGCCGUGGCCACCCUAUUCAGAAGUAGCUAACCACUCUGACACUGGAAAUCAACACUUCUGAAAUAAGCCAGUGACCACAGUUAUGCAUACAACAAGCAGAUGGUGCACAUAGCACAUAACAGUGCCCACUAGCAAAAUGUCUGUAACAACAUGUGUUGCACCAGCACUCAUGAUUGUCCUUCAUAACAACACCAGCAUGCCUAGCCUGGCACAUGGAUCGGGGCCCAUCCAUCCAGACCACCACCAUGUGCCCUGUGCUGGUGAGUAGCAGCUCCAAGGGGUACAAACGAUUCAUAGUUUUGAGAAGAGAAGUAGGAUAAGGGGAAUGGAAAUGUUUCCUGUGGAUUAUUUUUAUUUUAAAAGAAAGUAUAUAAAUAUAAUGUUUCUUCAACACUGGUGAAA